CUCCUGUCGCUUGGAACAGGCCGUAUUCCUUCGAUCCCUUCAAUUCGAGCGACAUGAAAAGAACAGGAUCCUCGCUCACCGCAUACAGCUUCAAGACUCGGUCGUCCCAUUUCUGCCAGGACGGACGCGACUUGAACAUCUUGUAGGCGUCUUCUUUCGAAGCCCAGAUGUCUCGUCGUUUCUCCGCGCCUCCGGCGAGAAAGUUCUUCAUCGCUCGCGUUGGUUCGUUCUUGACGCACAUGGUCUCCAGCAGCACCAGCGCGUCGGGUUUGAUCGGCGGUUGGUACGUCAGCGCAAGCGUG